AAUGUGCAAGCUUUGGCGAUGAGACGCUUUCUGGUUGCCCCGCGUCGUGACGUGCCGGGCAUAACCGAGUGGAGCCGAGCGAUUUCGGAAUUUUUUUGCGAGCGACCACCCGCUCCCUUCCCCCGCCUUGUUCUCGGUUCUCCUCCUCCUCCACCACCUCCCCUCUUUUGCCCAGCUAGGUUAUCAGCCAGCCAGGAGUCCCCGGCAGAGGCACGGCGCAACACUGACAGCUGCGACUGACUCAGAACUGAAGAGGGGGGCAAAGAUGGAGCACAGGGACGCCGACUUCAACAUCCUGCUUGCAACCGAUUCCUACAAGGUAACGCAUUACAAGCAGUACCCCCCAAACACGAGUAAAGUAUAUUCCUACUUUGAGUGUCGCGAGAAGAGGACGGAUCCCACCAAAAGCAGAAAAGUCAAAUACGACAAAACGGUCUUCUACGGCCUGCAGUACAUCCUCCACAAAUACCUCAAAGGCAAAGUAGUCACUCUGGAGAAGAUCCAAGAGGCCAAGGAGGUCUACCGGGAACACUUCCAGGACGAUGUUUUUAACGAGAAGGGUUGGACGUACAUUUUGGAGAAAUACAACGGACACCUGCCUAUAGAAAUCAAGGCAGUGCCGGAGGGAAGCGUGAUUCCCCGUGGCAACGUUUUGUUCACCGUGGAGAGCACCGAUCCUGAAUGCUACUGGCUCACCAAUUGGGUAGAGACCAUCCUAGUGCAGAUUUGGUACCCCAUUACCGUAGCGACCAAUUCCAGGGAGCAGAAGAAAAUCCUGGCCAGGUAUCUUCUGGACACAUCCGGAAACUUGGAGGGGCUAGAGUACAAACUGCACGACUUUGGAUACCGGGGAGUGUCCUCGCAAGAGACUGCGGGCAUCGGCGCCUCAGCUCACUUGGUCAACUUUAAGGGCACAGACACAGUUGCUGGUAUCGGCGUGAUCAAGAAAUAUUAUGGCACUAAAGACCCAGUUCCGGGCUUUUCGGUCCCUGCUGCAGAACACAGCACCAUCACGGCAUGGGGCAAGGAUCACGAGAAGGACGCCUUCGAACACAUCGUCAAGCAGUUCCCCAGCGUGCCCGUCUCUAUUGUCAGCGACAGCUACGACAUCUACAACGCCUGCGAGAAGAUCUGGGGCGAGGAUCUGCGCGGGCUGAUCGAGUCGCGUAGCGCCGACGCGCCCCUCGUCGUGCGACCGGAUUCGGGCAACCCUUUGGAUACGGUUUUAAAGGUUUUGGAGAUCCUGGGCAAGAAGUUCCCACCAGAGGAGAACUCUAAAGGAUUCAAGGUGCUGCCUCCUUACAUCCGAGUUAUCCAAGGAGACGGAGUAGACAUUAACACUCUCCAGGAGAUCGUGGAGGGAAUGAAGGAGCACCGGUGGUCUAUUGAGAAUGUUUCCUUUGGUUCUGGAGGGGCUCUUCUGCAGAAACUUACCAGAGAUCUCCUCAACUGCUCCUUCAAAUGUAGCUACGUGGUUACCAACGGACUCGGGGUGAACGUCUUCAAGGACCCCGUGGCGGACCCGAACAAGAGGUCAAAAAAGGGACGCCUGUCUCUGCACCGGACUCAAAACGGAGAGUUUGUCACCCUGGAGGAGGGCAAAGGCGAUCUGGAGGAGUACGGAGUGGACCUGUUGCACACGGUCUUCCAGAACGGCAAGAUUGUGCAGACGUACACGUUCGACCAGGUCAGAGACAAUGCCAAGCUCAAGGAGAGUGAGCUCGACUAGCUGCUGACAACAGUCUGCCGUUCGUUAACCCGCUGGCUGCCAUUGACGGCGAUAGACGUCCAAUCCAUUUGAACUGGGAAGGCAGCCUUUCCAGUUCAAAUGGACUGGACAUCUACCGUCGUCAGUCGAUGAGUUAACCCACCCCCCUUUGGCCUCUCUCAUCACACCCUAAAAAUAAUAGAGGCCUUGUGCACUGAUGAUAUAUCCCACCCUGAGCUCCCUUAAAACUGUGACUUCCUUAAAAACAAAAAACACAGGAACUCCACGGAGCUCGCUCACAUAGUUAUGAAGAAACGUGAACGAACAGGACGACAAGCGCGCCCUCCGUACUCUACCUGACUUUGUCUUAUAUGUGAAGAUUCAUGGUAUUUAAAAAAAAAAAAUGUUUCAACAGAACCACGCUUUUCUUCCAUCAAGAAAAAGGCCAAAAUCUUUGAAAGUGCUGCCUGAAUGUUUUACAACCAGAUUUUAAAAUUGCCAUCAUCGCUGAUAUUUUGUACACGCCUGUUAAGUGUUCUGAAGUUAAGAGCAGCGGCGUUGAGGUUUUCAAAGUGGAGGAAAAGCUCUCAGAAUGACCAAGCAUUGAUGUCCUGUCCAAAAAUGGCACAAAAGGUCUUCACUGGACCGAAGUGGAUUGAAGAACAUGUGUUAAGUGUCGCUUCAGAGACUUUGUGAGUGUCUGACAUCCUUUAUGCAAAUUCUAAUUCAUGUUUUAUCCCCCCCGCUAGUAAGGUAUUUAUUGUGAAGGGGAAGCUACAGGACAGUUUCCGUCGGUAUCACUGCCUUAACGUGGUGCGUCUCCUCGGAUGAGCCAGUUUGAGAAUAUUGUCGUUAUGAGAUGGUGACAUCACAGCUCGAUGAGGUUUCCAUACGUUUAGCAUGGUAAUUGAACAAUCAAGGCUAAUAUAGUAGGAAAUUGUACCAAAAAUGCAGUCCUUGUCCUUUGUCAUUUUUUUUCUGGUUAGCGCAAAAUUCUAUUGAAUUCUCUCCACGUGUUAUUAUGGCAUCACUUGUCCAUCAUUGUCACCCACCCACUUGUCACCAACUCUGAUAAAACUGCACCACCACCUUUUAUGCAUUGAUACAGACCAAACAUUUAACAUUUUUUAAAAUUGAAUAUCUCCCUUUAUUAUUUUGCAACUGCUGUUUUAAAAAAAAUCUCCCAGUGUUUUGUCCAACUGUGUUUUUGAAUACAUAAUGUCGUGUUCACUGCUCUGUUCUUACCUCAAAUGAAUAUUAUUUUGUAUUUUGCAGCAAAGAACCUUAUUUACAAACUGCGUGGCCAGAAACUGCCUUUCUCAACCUGUACAUACAACUGUUUUGACUGAAAGCAGACAGUGGGGAUGUGGAGGCGAGUCCGAGAGACCACCACACUAGAUGUUAUUUUUGUUAGGAACACCUUUUUUGUACCAACACAGAUAUCCAAAUCUGCUUGACUGUUGGAACGUAAGUGUUUUACGGAUGAUCAAGUAUUUGUGAAUUCUUUUCCUUGUUGACUUCCUCGUGUGUGUAUACUGUAUGUCGAUCGUCCCAGGUUAUCACAGACACGUUUAAACUGACCCACAUUGCUAUAUUUGUCAACAACACAAUUAAACAAGCCACUUGUCAGUUUGA